AAGCAAGUGCUAGAUGCUACUGACGGAUUGGGUGCUCAUUCGGCCCUUGUUGCUGCUUCUUCUUCCGAAGGAUACGAGCAAGCCGUCGAAUAUCUCCGUCCAGGAGGUGUUCUCAUGUGCAACGGGCUUCCCGGUUCUGCAACUUUGUCUGCAUCCAUAUUCUUCACCGUGUUCAAGUCCAUUACUAUCUGCGGUUCUUAUGUCGGCAACAGACAAGAUGCUAUAGAAGCGAUCGAUAUCGCUGCUAGGGGUCUGGUGAAUGUGCAUUUUGUGAACAGACCGUUGGCAGACCUGAAAGAUGUCUACGAUGGGAUGAUGAAUGGUACUAUUGCGGGACGAGUAGUACUCAAUAUGGCAAAGCAGUAA